UAAUAUUGAUGUCCUUUAUGUGAAUUUUAAUUCACAAGUACUACAUGAUCCCCAGCCCUAGCUACAAAACAAAGCACGGCAGAGCGAAGUGAAAAAGAAGGACAAGAAAAGGCGACCAAGGCGAUAUAAAGACGCAAAUUGGCGGGCGAAAACACAAAGCAAUUGAGCGAUGGCCUAGACAUUGGUUUACAUGAUCAAGGGAUGGGAUGGGUGGGCAGGCUACCGUAUUUAGGUCGUUUGUCACUCCAUCGCUCUCCACACCGUUCGCUGGUUGAAGGACGCUUGAGUCGUUCCAUCAUCGUUCUAGACGCUAAAUCAUAGCGUCAAACAUCGUCAUCAACUCUCGAUUCUCGAUUGCACUAUUUGGGCCCCUAUCAUUCUCGCCCUUCCUCUAAGCACUGCUCUGCCACUUUCAACACCAAUUUCAAUUCAGCAUUCAGAUUACCAAGGCGCGCCGACAAUGUCCCGGAGCCUGUAGCCUAGCCAGCUAGCCUUGUACUCUAUUUUUGUUUACCCUAAUUCCCCCCCUCUAAUCCUUUUGCGAAUCAUCCGACCCCGGUUGAUCUGGUGGUCAACAAAUAUUCCACGUUUUUGGAUAUAUACUUACAUGAUGGGCGAAAUAGUUAAUAUGAGAAAAAUGAGGGCCAAGGCCCACGCCGUGAGUCGUCGCAAUUCCGGCGGUAGUGCUCGCUUCAACCCCUUUAGGCAUAUAGCCUACAACUCGAAGCGAUCGAACACCAUGGACGCGGCUGAGCGAGGAAGGGCGACUAGUGACGAUGACACGACACAUCUUGGUCCAUCAUCAAGCGCACCAGGCCGUCUCUUAACACCGAUCCAGCAGUCGGCACGAAAUAGCCAGGAGCAUCCUCCGGAACAAGGCGAGAACUACGAAUCCCAGGCGACAACUGUGCUCCCCGAACCUGAUACUACUAGCAGCGUCCGACAGCGUGGUACACAGGAUCUUGAAGCUUCCAAGGCCGAAAUUCCUAUCGACGAAGAGGAUCAUUCAAAAAAGAGGAAGGAUACUGGUUUCUUUAAACACAUAGAACCUGCUACUCCUUUUACGCCUUGGAAUCAGACCCAGCGCGUCCUUUUCGGCUCCCCAAUUAAUAUCUUAAUAUUAGCUGCACCUGCCGGUAUCGCCCUACAUUUUCUGCAAUUCGAUGGCAAGGUCGUUUUCGCCAUCAACUUCGUAGCUAUCGUUCCGCUCGCUGCCAUGCUAAGCAAUGCUACUGAGGAAAUUGCUAUGCGAACGGGAGAGGUACUCGGAGGACUUAUUAACGCGUCAUUUGGCAACGCUGUGGAGUUGAUCGUGGCUAUUAUUGCCCUUACACAGGGUAAAAUUAAGGUCGUACAAACAUCAUUGGUUGGAAGUAUUCUCUCCAACCUUCUUCUCGUCCUCGGAUUCUGCUUCUUCUGUGGAGGCAUCAACCGCCGAGAACAGUACUUCAACACAACUGUAGCGCAGACCGCCGCUAGUUUGCUUGCUCUAGCUGUUGGAAGUUUGAUUGUGCCCACCGUCUUCGCCCAUACCGACGAUUUCUAUGAGGGCUCGAUCCAGCUAAGCCCAAAUGCGGUUCCCAGUCUAUCUCACGGAGUCGCUAUUAUUCUAUUGAUCGUAUAUGCCUCGUACCUCUUCUUCCAGAUGAAGACUCACGUCAAGCUCUUCAAUGAGGAGAGCCAGAAAGUCGCUAGUAAACCACUUUUCAAGAAGGACCUUCCCCAGGGUGCCAUCGCAUCUGGAAUCGCUAGAGCCGGCAAUGCCGCUACUUACGCAGGCAUUACUGACACAAACGGUGAACUGGUCGAUAAAAUGAAUCGCAGCGCGCACACAGAAGAGGAAGAGGAGGAAGAAGGACCCCAACUGAGUUUCCCCGUCGCUUUUGCAACGCUUAUCGGUGCAACCGCUAUCAUUGCGCUCUGUGCCGAGGGUAUGGUUAGUGGUAUCGAAGAUAUUACAGCUUCCGGCGCUGUUAGCGAAGAAUUUGUUGGCCUCAUUCUCCUCCCUAUUGUUGGUAACGCUUGCGAACACGCAACUGCUGUUACGGUUGCCAUUAAGGACAAGAUGGAUUUGGCUAUUGGUGUCGCUAUCGGAUCGUCUAUGCAGGUCGCCCUCCUCCUCAUCCCACUAUUGGUUAUUAUUGGCUGGGGCAUGAACAACCAGGAGAUGACUCUAGCUUUCGACACUUUCCAGGUCAUUGUUCUCUUCGUUUCGGUUCUCUUAGUCAAUUACCUUAUUGGGGAUGGCAAGAGUCACUGGCUCGAGGGGCUUAUUUUAACGUGCUUAUACGCGAUUAUUGCUACGUGCGCAUGGUUUUAUCCUACGAUUCCCGAGGGCUCAACUGGAUAAGUUCGACAUACUUUUAACGCCACCCUCUUUGAAACGAAGGUCUCUGACUCCUCCCCUUGUAUAUUUUGGACAGAGGCCUUUUAAUUUUAGAUUGUGCCAUAUUUGGAAUGGUCAAGUUCGUUUCUCCUGGAGUUGUAUGGUUUGGGCCUCUAGACCUCGUUUACUUGAUACCACAAAUCUAGAAUGCUCGAGUCGCCUCCAUUGUAUUCAUAUAAUACGUAUUAACUGUCAUACAUAUGGGCGCAGAUACUGGCGUUAGG